AUGGCCCAAAACUAUAAACGGAAAAAUACUGAAACUGGAACUAAGCUCAAGAUAGCAACCUGGAACGUAGGAACGUUACAGGACAAUCCAAAAAAUGUGUGCCCAGAAUGGGAAACAGCUAUUGUAGCUCGCGAGCUUAAGAGAUGCAACAUAGAUAUUGCUGGUUUGAGCGAGACUAGAUUUGCUGACGAAGGCGUCGAUUUCGCAAUAAGAAACUCUUCGGUGAAAGAACUUCCUUCCUGGAGGUAUUACUGA